AUUGAUUUUUUAGCCUGCAAGAGAAACCCAUUCCAGGACGAAAAGAAGUCGAGAUUGAAAAGAACCUUUUUCCAGAGUCGGCGGCGUUUCCGUCUGCGAUGGGCCUAGAAUGCACCGAGGCGCUGCGACAACCAGCCACACGAGGCUCAGGCUCAGGCCCAGGCUAACAGCAGAGAAGGCAGGUACCUCUUCUCUUUAUCAGGCCCUCCUUCCACAGGGAAUUCUGCCGUGGUGCUGUCCGCCUUUCUUCCUUCUCUUGACCGCUAAAAAUCCGGGCAGAAUUUAUUCUCUGCUCCUCGUCUUUUUCUUCACGCAUAACACUCUUCUUUCGCCUCUCGUCCCGCCAAUCCAGCAACGCAGCCAUGGGCAGCACCGCUUUGCGAUUCAUGGGCCGUUACGAGCCUCCUGACAUCACCGCCAGCAGCCCGCUAAACCGACCCCUCCGGCAGCCCGCUAUUAAGCCGCAGUCGAGGCGCUCAGCUGCGUUGACGCUCAUUUGCUGAGCAACAGACAAUUGUAUUCGAUUGAGCUUGAGCCGGGCAGUCUCA